UUGUUUAUCAUUUAUCCAUUUUGCAAGUUCUUACUUUUUUGUACUUUUAUUUAAUUGAUAAGCUAAUGUUGUAUUAAAUAAUAUAUAAAUCACCUAACUAGUCAAAUAUCAAGCGAUCAAAUAAUGACAUUAACUAAAUUCACAAAAGGUAUAUUGUUAUAUUUAUUUUAUAUUUCUGAUGUAGUUACAUGUAACAAAGUAUCAAAAUUAGGUACCAUGAAUCCACUUGAUGAUUGUCAACGUUGUAAAUUAUUGACAGACUCAUUUAGUUACUGGAUCGAUAGUACAUCAAGAGGAAAACACGAAGGAGGAGAUGCUGCUUGGGAAGAAGCAAAGUUGAAGUCUUAUGCACGAAGUGAAUUACGCUUAGUCGAGAUACAGGAAGGUCUCUGUUCAGAGUUAAAAAAACAUGAGAGUGAUUGUUAUGUUCUAGCAGAGGAAGGGGAACAAUUCCUAGAAAAAUGGUGGUUUAGAGACGAUCCUGAUUCCAUGGACUUGCACACAUGGUUAUGUAUAGAAAAUCUUAAAUAUUGUUGCCACGAAAAUCAUUUUGGACACAAUUGUUCCCCUUGUCCCCUCAAUAUGCAGAACAAAGUCUGUGGAGGACAUGGUAGAUGUGAUGGAGAGGGCACACGUGCAGGAAAUGGUACAUGUAUCUGUAAGAAAGGUUAUUCAGGAAAUUUAUGUGACGACUGUGCUAUCGAUUUCUUCAGAGUUAAUAAUGACUUGUGUGAGCCAUGCCACAGAGCUUGCAGUGGUUGUUCUAGUGAGGGUGCAGCAGCUUGUGAGGCUUGUAAAACUGGUUGGAAGUUAGAGUUGGGUGUGUGCACAGAUGUAAAUGAAUGCUUAAAUUCUACCUUCUGUAAAGUUAACCAAUUCUGUAUUAACACAGAGGGUUCCUAUGAUUGUAAAUCAUGCGAUGUAACAUGUAAAACAUGUGCAGGAGAUGGAUAUACAAAUUGUACAUCAUGUGAACCUGAUCAUGUGUUAUGGAGUGGUAGAUGUUUAGAUGAUAAACAUAAGAGUAAACUUUUAAGAUAUACUAUAAAGAAAUUAGGACUAUAUUUAGGAUUAAUUGUUAUAGCAAUUUUUGUACUUAGGAAUUCAAAAACUAUAGGAUCUCUAGCAAUUAUAAUAAUUGCAAUGUAUAUACAUUACUCUGAGACAAAUAUAGAAAUGAAUAUUUUAAAUGUACUUGUAAAUCUGUAUGUAAAUUAGAACAUUUUCCUACAAAUUUUUGUACAAAUUGGUUACUAUUAAAUUAUAUAGUUGAUGGAAGUUGCUGGGCUGCAUCAAUUAUGGUCUGAUUUGCUGACCCAGUUACAUAAAAAAAGUAAAAAGUAUCAGUAUAAAAUUAAUCAGACCAUUGUUGGUCUGU